UUGACAACAUCCGACAAGGAAAUCAUUUCUGGCUAGCUCCAUUUAGCUCUAGAUUGUGCACCUUGCGAUUCUCCAGUUUUCCUGGAAGAGGUUAUUUACCUUUCAAACAGGGUACAAGACACAUGGAAAAUAUCUCUAAAUCCUCAGAAAUGGGUUGUUCCAGCAUUAAGUGCAGCCGGAAACUGAUGAGUGACCACGUCAUGCACCAACAUCAAUUGCCUGAUAAGAUUGGGGACAAGUGGAAACAGAUGGCACGACAUCUAGAUUUCCAAGAAGCUGUUAUUGGCACGAUUGAGAAUGACAAGAAGGGCGUCACCAAUGAGUGCUGCAUCACAGUCAUUGUAGCCUGGAUCAAUCAGGAGGGAAACGAUGCUACUCUUGAAAGGCUCGCUGAUGCUCUAACCAAAAUAAGGCUUAAAAAAGUGGCUGAAAUACUUCAGGAUCUCUUGUUAUCAGGAGAGGAUGUCGAACCAGGAACAAACGACUCAAAGCAGAUGGUGAAUGGAAUUGAUGUCAUUGAGAAAACCUGCAAACAUUUGAAAAAAGAGUGUCAUCAACUGGAAAUGAGAAAGCAGGAGCUAGAAAAGGAAAAGCAGAGUAUGACAAAACAGCUUCAAGACAGUUUAGAAGAGAGCAAUAAAUUACGUACAAGAAUUCACCAACUGGAAGAGGAGCUGUCUAGAGUGAAACAAGAACUUCACGACACUUCUCAAGAGACAUACACAUACCUUGCCAUAUAUAUAAUUUCCAAUACAAUUGGUUUUUCGCAAAGCCUAAUUCUGAAAACGUUUCUUUUGAUUUCAUCUACUAUAGAACAGUGUCAAAAGUGGAAGACCAGAAGUUCGAAGCCGAAAGAGGACUUGGCUGGAAUAAGAGGAGACAGGCCAGAGCAGAAUUUAGCCCAGAACUUUGACAUUUCACACCGGGAAGAUGAAUCAGAAGAUAGCACAAAUUACAUUGAACCAGAAAGAGCAGACAAAGAGGGUGAAAUCAACGAAAGGCUGAAAGACCUCAACGAUCGCCUUUAUAAAAAUGUAACGUCUGUGUUAGAAUUGCCAGAAAUAAAAGAAGACAAACUGAAAGUUCCUGUCACGCUCGAUCUCUUGGGAACAAUCAGUAAAAGGCUACAAGAGCUCUACAGCGCAGUCCUCUCCAUGGUGGCAGAGACUUGCAAAUGCAGCGAGGAGGUGAAACGAGAGUUUUACGACUUUGCUUAUCACGGUCUCAGAGCGGAACACAACGACGCGGUGCAUCGAGUUGAGGAUUUGGCAACGGCGCAAGAUAAAAUGACCGACGAAGAAAAAAAAGAGUUUGGCAAACUCCUACUUUAUCAGACCAACCGACAGAGACAGGUUAAUAGGUUGGAAAAUCUGUGGAGAGGUCUUUUCUCAACGGUAUGGAUGAAAAUUUGCUUUUAA